AUGUUUAAUCCUUUUAAGCCGGAAUUCUCAGACUUGGAUUACGCAGAUGUUGACUAUAGAUCUUAUGGACCUAUUAACUACAAGGCUGCCAGUAUUGCGCUGUUACAGAAUCGAAAACAACCAUUACAAAAUUAUCAGCAUCAACAAGAAAAUAAACCACAAAUGUACGGAAUACAAGAUGAAAAUGAAGAGUUGCUCUAA